AUGCAGAGCCAGGGUAGGGAUCAUCUUCACAACACCUUCAACAAUUCUACUCUCCAAGCAUCGUCCGCUUGGAAAAACGUCCUCAGAGACUUCGAGCCAUCACGCUGUGUGCUCUCUGAAUAUGACCUGGCAGAUGCCGCGUAUCAUCAGGGCCAUCCAUAUUCUCCGCGGCCACGCCCAUCCUUCGUUCUGCGCCCACUCCAACUCUACUUGAUAAAUUUACGAAAACACGCCGACGCUGCACAUGAACAGCGGGCAAUCUAA